AUCACCGCGUUUGUGGACAAGAGAAAAAAAGGGAAGGUCGCUCAGUCGUGUCCGACCCUGCGACCCCCAUGAACUGCAGCCCACCAGGCUCCUCUGUCCAUUCAUGGAGUGUCUCCAGGUGGACUCAGAGCCACCCAGUGGACAAGGACCAGAGGUCAACUUUGACUUUGGACCCCGGACAUGGCGACGGGCCCCUGCCGGGAAGCGCAGGACCGAGCUCCCUGGGUCAGCGGGCACGGAGACCCCUGCGGCCCCCAUCCCCUAUCAGCACCAUCCAGCCCAAGGCCAACUUUGACGCCCAGCAGUUCGCAGGGACCUGGCUCCUGGUGGCCGUGGCCUCCCCGUGUCGCCACCUGCAGGAGCAGGGCCAUCGGGCUGAGGCCACCACUCUGCACGCGGCUCCUCAGGGCUCAGCCAUGACUGUCAGCACCUUCCGAAAGCUGGAUGGAAUCUGCUGGGCAGUGCGGCAGCUGUACGGAGACACGGGACGCCCGGGGCGCUUCCUGCUCCAAGCCCGGGGCGCCCGCGGGCCGGUGGACGUGGUCGUCGGGGACACGGACUACCACGGCUUCGCCGUCUUGUACCUGGAGCGGGCGCGGCAGCUGUCAGUGAAGCUGUACGUCCGCUCGCUGCCCGUGGGCGAUUCCUUCCUGAGUGUGUUUGAGCAGCGGGUCCAGGGGGCCAACCUGACCGAGGACCACACCCUGUUUUUCCCCAAGUACGGUUUCUGCGAGGCCGCGGACCAGUUCCACACCCUGGACGAAGUGCGGAGGUGAGGCGGGCGGCUGCCCUGUGCAAGGAAGGAGCCGGCCCGGAGCUGGACCUGCCACCCCUCGUCCACCGCCCCCCGGAAGCUGCCCCUCCCCCGGGAGCUCCGUGGGCUCAUUAAACGCUGCAGCC